GCCCUUAAGUUAAGAGCCUGUGAGUGAUUGCUGACACUUGUUAGACGGGGAGGGUUAAACUAACUAGUCAGGCGGGCCCGUCCUGUGGGAGAGAGAGAGACGUCGCCCCGAAGUGGCCCUCGCUUGGAGACGUUUGCGCCAUGCAAAGGGCUCUGCUGUGCGCCCUGGUCCUGCUGUCGGCUCUGGGGGGAGAUGCCUCUGGAAAGGCGGAGGAGGGGAAAUUGUGCAAGUGGCUGUACGAGUCGCAGCCGCUGGCGGUGGGGGACGUUCAGUGCGCGGAGCAACGCGAGGGGGCGGGCGUCAAGCUCUGUUGUGGGACCUGCAGCGUGCCCUGCUGUUGCGCGUUGGGAGGGGCUCGUACAGACGAGGAGGAGUACCCCACUGCGAGAAAGCUGGAAACGAUCCUAGAGGAAGAGGCUAGGCUGUGUUCUUCGAAUCCUGCAGAAUACUGGAUGACCUUUUUUUUGUUUUCUGGUGGAUUCGUCUUUGCUGGUGUGUGUUGGUUGUGCAUUUACUGUCAUUGCACACGAUUCCUGCAAUUUCUGCAUGCAUGGAGAUCCCACAAAGAACAGCAGCUGCAACUUAGCCAUCUGGGAGAUGCUGGGUGCAGUCGGAGAGCCUCUGUCAUUCACCCUGGCUACCGUGGAACCCACAUGGGAACAGCUUCACCAUCUGGUGCUGAGGGCUGUCAAGGUACCCACAACUGCUGUCUUGUCCAGAGUGUGCAGUUCCGUCAUGGGCACUUUGAGGAUGAGGCGGUCACUUUGUGUCCAGAAACUCUCCCAUUCAGAGCAAAAAUUGGAAGACGAUGCAGCGCUCCCUUCUAGGAUCAAGGAAAUAACCCUAUUAUGAUUAUUUUACUAUAUAUUAAACUAGACUGUUUUAAAUGUAGUGCUCCCUUGCUCAAUGCUCUUCUCUGCCUUAUCGGGGGGGGGGGAGAUGCUAGUAUCUUUUUUGCAACAUCCUAACCUCUCAUUAACAUAAUAAUUCUAGUGAGGAGAGCAUGGGCCCCUCCAGAUGUUGUUGAACUACAAUUCCCAUCUGCCCCAGCCUGUUUGGCCAUUGAUCGGGGAUGAUGGGAGUUGUAGUCCAGCAACAUCUAGAGGGCCACAAGUUCUCCGCUCUUGGUUUAGAGGGAGCAACCUUGGAGAUGAGAUGUUUCCCAUUCGAUCAUUACUUUUAAAGAUGAGUUUAAAAGGAGGGAUGUGUUUGACUCUUUCUACACUGGUAACAGAACACUAUAGCUAAGUUUUCCUGCACACCUGUCCACUUGUUCUAGAACUGGAUGGCAGACCAUUAAAAGCUGGACCCAUUGAGCUGCAAUUGCACGGUUAGUGCAACCCACCCACCGCUUCUCUAACUCUGAUAGUUUCAUCCCUAAAGAAAAGCAGCCUGAAUUUAUAUGGGAUGACUUGUAUCCAAAAUGUUUGGGGCAGAAAGAGGUUGUCAAAAGCAUUGCAUACAUAUCACAUCCUGUUUAUGGGCAGAGCUAGUUCUGUGCUGUCACUUUGUAGCUCAUUAAAGAGACCACUGACCAGGCAAUGCCCAGAGGCUGCUCCUGAAACGAAAGCUGCAAACAUUGCCCAUGAAGACAUGGCAAAGUAUUGUUCAGCUGCCAUAUGAAGCACACUCAGGUAGGCAAUGCCUUUGUACCUCCUUGUGGGAUAUACUUUGGGUCAACUUAUCUGUGUCUUUGUGACUAUUCCUACUGGAGACUUGUUGCUGUCUGCUACACAUUGGCACAAACCAGGGGUAUCUCUCAUGGGGUUUAUAUGCCAGAUGGUACCCCUUGGCUUUUUUAAACAUGAUAAUUGUAUGACCACUUCUGUGCAUUACCCAUAAAGAGGCAAACCGGGCAAGCACUGAUGGUUGCCUCCUCCUGAACCAAUUGCUUCUGGGAUGCAUGGAGCUGUUUUACUAGCACAGACACUUACCAAAUGUAUGUUUCCAAAUGUAUGUAUGAAACCACCAAUUAAAAAGUUUGUAAUACUUUGA